AAGACGCUCGUGAUUUUUUUUUUCCUUCUGGUUGCGCGUGGACGGUGACAGCCCUACUCGUCUCUCUCACAUGUCGGACUGAGCUUUAUUAUUGUUUUUUUUUUCCUUUCUUUUUUUUGUUCGGAUUUUAUUUUUUGUGUGUGUGUCAGUGACGGACACCCAGCAGCUCAUUGCCAGCCUCGUGCUGAACCCUGCCUGCUCAAACACCGUGACUCCAAACUGACAGACAGGGAGAUACGGCUGAAAAAGUUGUCAGAUAAACCAAUAGGAGGCCAGGGGAGGAAGUAUACCCUCUUGUAGCGUGGCGGCCAGAGUGAAAGAAGAGCACAUGAGGAGCGGAAACGACGUGGCAUCAACAUCCUGACCGGUAACCUUCCUUCUGCACUCCACCACGUGCCCAGCAACUUCAGAAGUGACUGUCAGCAGGAAGGAAACAAGCGACCCCUCCUCCUGCAGGCAUGAGGUCCUUUCGUUCCUUUAGUAACGAUGACCGCCACGUCAUGGCGAAGCACUCCACCAUCUACCCCUCCUCUCAAGAGCUAGAAGCAGUUCAGACGCUGGUAUCCACUGUUGAGUGUGCCCUCAAACAUGUCUCUGAUUGGCUGGAUCAGAGCAGCGGCGAUGUCCACAACCAGUUUGACAGCCAACCAGCAGACAGCACAGAGGAGGACGAUCCUGGCGAUGAGCCCAGCGAAGAAACUGAGGAUUCAAGUGACUGCUGCAGGGAAUCCAGUGGCGGUGGCGUGCUGUGUGGGGUGAUGAGGAUUGGCCUAGUGGCCAAAGGACUCCUGAUCAAAGGCGACAUGGACCUGGAGCUGGUGCUGAUGUGCAGAGACAAACCCACACAGACACUGCUGGACACUGUCUGUCACAAUUUACCCACGCAGAUCGAGAAGCUGACAGAAGAGAAAUAUGAGGUCACGAGCUCCUUGCCUGAGGCAGCCAUCUUGGUAAAAACGACAACAGAGCCUAACCUGACGUUGAAGAUUACCCUCACCUCGCCGGCCAUGAGUGAAGACGAGGAGGAGGAGGAGGAAGAGGAGGAAGAGGAGGAGCUGGAGAAUGGGGAGGAAGGGGAAGAGGUGGAGGAGGAAGUGGAAGAAGAAGAGGAGGAAGAGACAAAUGGGCGAGUGUUGGGUGCUGCUGCGCAGAGAGUGGAGGCUGAGGAGGAGGAGGAGGAGGGGGAGGUGCUGGAUAGACACAGAUGUCUGUUGGCCCUGGCAGCGCUGCGACACGCCAAGUGGUUCCAGGCUCGCGUAAACGGACUCAAGUCCUGCGUUAUUGUUCUCAGGAUACUAAGGGACAUGUGCAAUAGGCAUCCCAUCUGGGAACCUCUAAAGGGAUGGCCCUUGGAGCUUAUCUGUGAGAAGGCCAUUGCCACCUGCAACAGACCUCUUGGGGCAGGAGAAGCCCUCCGCAGAGUCAUGGAGUGUCUGGCCUCAGGCAUACUGCUCCCAGGAGGUCCAGGUUUACACGACCCAUGUGAGAAAGAGCCAACAAACACACUCGCCAACAUGACUGACCAGCAGGCUGAGGACAUUACCUUCAGUGCACAGCAUGCUCUCAGGCUCAUGGCAUUCGGACAGAUCUACAAGGUGUUAGAGAUGGAGGCUCUUCCCUCAAAUAAACCAUCACAGAAAUAUCCUUGGUCUGAUAAAGAAGGCUUAGGUCUGAAGAGGCCAUAUGAAGAUGGUGCAAUGGAUGACAAGGACCUCAUCAAGAAGAUGAAGAGGAAUCUGAGGAAAGUUCUGGACAGUAAAGCCAUAGACUCCAACCAGCCAAUGAACGCCCUGAUGCGGUUGAACCAGAUCCGACCAGGGCUGCAGUAUCGCCUGCUGUCCCAGUCGGGGCCGGUUCACGCUCCAGUCUUCACCAUGUCUGUGGACCUGGAUGGAACCAUUUACGAAGCCUCCGGAUCCUCCAAGAAGACCGCCAAGCUUCACGUUGCAGUCAAGGUUCUCCAGGCAAUGGGCUACCCGACUGGAUUUGACUCAGACUUGGACCCCAUGAGUUCGGACGAGAAGUCGGACAGUGAGGGGAAGAGUGAGACCUCCUCACACACUAGCAAUAACCCAGCACACUCCUCGGACAGUUCCAACACACUGGAGGUGCGAACUCAGGGUCCCAUAUUGACAGCAAGUGGAAAGAAUCCUGUCAUGGAGCUAAAUGAAAAGAGAAGAGGCCUCAAAUAUGAGCUCAUCUCUGAGAGUGGAGGCAGCCACGACAAACGUUUUGUUAUGGAGGUGGAGGUCGAUGGGCAGAAGUUCCGUGGGGCAGGCCCCAACAAAAAGGUAGCAAAGGCCAGCGCUGCUCUAGCAGCUCUGGAAAAACUCUUCUCUGGUCCCAACGCAGCUGCAAACAAGAAAAAGAAGAUAUUGCCUCAGACCAAAGGAGCCCUGGCAGCGGCAGCGGCGGCCUCAGCAGUAGCAGCUCAGGUAGCCAGAGGAAGAGGAAGAGCAGCCCUCGCAAGAGGAGCCUUCGUCAGUGCAGCCGCACCUGGAUAUGUCACGCCAGCAGGCUUUGGGACACCGUAUGGCUACAGCCCAGCUGCAGCAGCUGCUCCUGCAUACGGUGGUCUGUUCAUUGACAAUCCUUUCUACCAGCCGCGCACCAUCGCUCCUUUUAUCAUUCAUCUGGGCCCGCAGGAUCUCUUCUCUGACUUCUAGAGUCGGCAUGUUGCCGGAGCCGCUCUUCACACUUACCUGGCUGCACAUGUGCCCAUCUGUUUCUCUGUCCAGUGUGGGCUGCCUUUCAAUCCCAACUGAUGGAUUCACAGAUUCAGAAUGGUUUCAGUUUAAUCAGUCUGCUGAAGAAGCUUUCUUCCAGAUACAAAAAAAAAAAAAAAGGCAGAAACUCUUUGACCCGCUGACCGAGAGGUACCAAGCUCCUCUCUCUGUUUUCUCGUCUCUUCACCCAGAUUAUCCUCCUCAGAGGAGAGUGACUUUACACGAAGCAAUACUCGGAUUUUACGAGAAACGUUCAGCCGUGACUGUGUAAGGCUGGGCUGGUCUUUCUUAUAGCAAUACACCUGAACUCCUCUCUUUGGGCUUAAUUACUUGAGAAGAUGUGAAUGUCCAACAAA